AUGGCCGGUUUUAGCGACGUGGGAAUAGGAGAUUUUGUUCUUUUACAGGACAUUUCUCUUGAUUCCUUUAUGGAAAACCUUAAAAAGAGUUCCAGAGACUCUUGUAUAGUGAUCUCAGGUGAAAGUGGUUCAGGAAAAACAGAGGCCUCCAAAAUCAUCAUGAGGUAUAUAGCUGCGAUAACUAAUGUUAGUGGCCAGCAAGAAGUUGAAAGAGUGAAAAAUAUUCUUCUGCAAUCAAACUGUAUUCUUGAGUCAUUUGGAAACGCCAAGACAAAUAGAAAUGAUAAUUCUAGUCGUUUUGGAAAAUAUAUGGACAUCAAUUUUGAUUUCAAAGGAGACCCGUUAGGUGGCCACAUCAAUAACUAUUUGCUGGAAAAAUCCAGAGUUGUUAUGCAACAACAUGGGGAAAGAAAUUUUCAUUCUUUCUAUCAACUUCUUUUUGGAAGCCCAGAUUCAGUCCUGUCACAGUGUAAACUAAAACAAGAUCCUAAAGCUUACUUUUACAUCAAGCAGGGAGGAAGUCAUAAGGUGGAUACCAUAAAUGACAAGUCUGACUACAAGUCUGUAAACUCUGCUAUGAGAACACUUGGGUUUCUGCAGGAACACUGUGAUACUCUCUGGAAAGUUGUUGCAGCAAUCCUGCACAUGGGAAACAUUGAAUUCUCAAUGGAAGAUGACCAGACAUUUGUUAAGAAUAAAGACACUUUAAAAAUAUUAAGUAAACUGUUUAGUGUGAAAGAGGAUGACUUGGAGAAAACUCUCUGUCAUCGGGUCAUUGCUGCAGGUGGUGAAGUGAUGCAAAAAGGACACACUAAAGCUGAAGCAAUCUAUGGAAGGGAUGCAUUUGCUAAGGCUAUUUAUGAAAGGAUGUUUACCUGGAUCGUCAAUCGGAUCAAUGAAGCUAUAAAGGUGGACACUGACUGGAAGAGUCACGGGAAGAACACUGUGAUUGGUGUGCUAGAUAUAUAUGGUUUUGAAAUUUUCGAUAACAAUAGUUUUGAACAAUUUUGUAUCAACUACUGUAAUGAGAAGUUGCAACAGCUUUUUAUUGAGCUUGUGCUGAAGCAAGAACAAGAGGAAUAUCGUCGGGAAGGAAUUGAAUGGCAAAACAUUGAAUACUUCAACAAUGCUAUAAUUUGUAAUCUGGUUGAAGAACCUCAUAAAGGUAUAAUCUCCAUAAUUGAUGAAGCUUGCCUUAAUGUAGGAAAAGUUACUGAUGAGAUGCUUCUAGAAGAGUUUGACAAGAAACUCGGCAGUCACAAACACUACACUAGUAGAAAGUUGGCCCCAACAGAUAAAUCAAUGGACCAUGCCAAAGACUUCCGUAUUCACCACUAUGCUGGAGAUGUGAAAUACUCAAUUCUUGGCUUCUUAGACAAAAAUAAAGAUACACUGUUCCAAGACUUCAAAAGGCUUCUGUAUAGCAGCACUGACCUACUGAUUAAAUCAAUGUGGCCCGAGGGAGCCCAGCAUGUGACUCAGGUUACAAAAAGACCACUGACUGCUGGUACACUUUUCAAGAAUUCCAUGAUAGCACUUGUGCAGAAUUUGUCUCAGAAGGAACCGUAUUAUAUACGUUGCAUCAAACCAAAUGAGAAGAAAUCCCCUUUGUUGUUUAAUGAUGAGAGGGUACGCCAUCAAGUCUGUUAUCUUGGCUUGAUCGAAAAUGUUCGAGUAAGGAGAGCUGGCUUUGCAUAUAGGCAGACAUAUCCUAGAUUCCUUCAGAGGUACAAAAUGGCAUCAAAACUCACUUGGCCUAAUUAUCAUGGACCUGAUAAGGAUGGGUGUCGUGUGUUAAUUCAAGAGUUAGGCUUCUCAGAUGACGUCAAGUAUGGGAAGACAAAGGUUUUCAUCCGAUCACCUCAGACAAUUUCCAAACUGGAAGAACUGCGAGCUGAAAUGAUUCCAACUUUAGUUCUCCUCCUCCAAAAGAUGUGGCGGGGAGCCAUUGCAAGACUGAAGUAUAGAAAAAUGAGAGCUGCUUUAAUAAUCAUGGCACGCUAUCGAAAAUACAAGAUGCGUUCCUAUAUUAUUCAGCUUCUACAGGCUUUCAAAAAUGUGAAACAAGCAAAAGAUUUUGGAAAGAAUGUCAAAUGGCCACGCCCUCCACCUGUCUUGAAGAAUGCUGUGAAUGACUUCAAAAGCAUCCACGAGAGGUGGCGAGCUCACAUGAUCUUGAAACGUGUACCUAAAGAAGAAUGGCCACAACUUCAAUUGAAAGUGGCUGCUUCAGAGGCAUUAUCUGGUUGUCGUAAAGAAUGGGGCUUAAAGCGAAAGUGGGAAGGCAAUUACUUAGCAAUGAACCCUGAAAAUGAUAAUUCAUCAACAUUUAUCAGCUCUGUGGGAAGUCUCAAGUCAAAGGAUCGUUUCCAAAAUGCCCUCUUCUCUAGCUUUGUGAGAAAAGUCAACAAACAUAACAAAAGUGCAGAACGAGUAUUACUUGUAACUGACAAGUACCUUUAUAAACUGGACAAUAAAAAGUUUAGACCACUGAAGUCAGGAAUUCCUAUAACUGAUUUGACCGGAGUAAGUGUUGGUCCUGGCCCUGAUCAGUUAGUAAUCCUUCAUCUGCGUGGUGGUAAUGACUUUGUGAUAGCUCUGACUUCGCACAAUGAAGAUAACAGAGUUGGUGAGCUUGUUGGAGUCGUGGCUCACCACUGGAAACUUGCCCAGAAGCGAGACUUGAAGGUUUUAGUUGGGAAACAACUUCAAUGUAUGCUAGGAAACAAGGAGAAGAUAAUUCAUAUUGAAGUUGACUCAAAUGUGAUAACACCAGCCUUUAGGAAAAGUGGUGCCAAUCUAUCAUUCAUGUGGCCCGGUGGAAGUAAUUAAAUAUGUGAUGUUCAACGGUAACAUCUAACCUUGCGACACAAAGCCUUUUAUCAAGAAUACAGAAGAAGAAUGUUCUUAUGAUUUCCAUACCAUAUUUCUCUCCUCAAACUGAUAAGAUUAUGUUGCUUCAGAUCUGCUAAUUUUGUAGGUUUUGUGUUCUUUUCUAGGUAAUUUUAACGAAAAAAUUUCCCGUAAGGUCAUUUUCCAGAUAUCAUAACUUAAAUCACUUUAAACUGGUUAUCAAAUGUUGAAUAAUAUGCUUAGCAUUGUUUUAUUUUUUUAUUAUUUUUUUGUGUCAAAGUUUAAUUUAAAACUUUCAUGUGGAGUUUAUUCUUAAGAAUUCAUCUUAAAUUUUGUUUUUGUAGCUCAGAUUUUGAUGCUGUAAUAUCUGUAGAUUGACAAUUAUCACUUAGAAAAAAAGGUGCUACUAAUUAUAGAGAGGAAAGUUUUGGAAAAAUUAUUAUCAUAUUGUGGGUGCAGAUUGUGUUUGUACUGAUCAUGUUGUGUGACCCCAAAAGUAAAUUAUGUACCUUCAAAUUUAAUUGUGAAAACCAAGAAAACAUCUGCCCGUUUACAGGUGAAGAAGAAGAAUAGGUUGAGAAAUGUAGUUUGUUAGGAUGAUGACAUAAGAAAAUGCCUUAUCUGCUUUGCUUGUUCACAUAAUAAAACCAAUACAAUUAAUGGUUAAGUUGUGUUUAAUGGUCAGAUCCAUUUAUUUUGUUAUUCAAUUUAUUUAGUUGUAAAACAAAACAUAAUUUGUAAAGUUAUUUGAAAACUACAUUUCAAAGUUUCAAUGUUAAAACAAGAGGAUGUAACUUGUUACAUCACCAAGGGGACCUCAAAGUCAUGUUGUUUGUUGUUGUUGUUUUUAGAAAGUAAAUGUGCUAAUUAUGAUAUGAAGAUUUGUAGAUAUAAUCUAUUUUGUGUAGAUAUCCUUUUAAAAGCUUUUGGUUUGUAUACUGAGAAAUUAAUUAAGUAUUUCUGAAUUGUCAAGAUUCAUUUAUAAGUAGAUAUUAAUGUGAUUUGAAGGUAUUUCUAAAUAUAAAAUUAGUUUUUUUUUUUACAGAACAUAAUUAUUUCAGAUAUAUAUUCUACUGUUUUUGUAGGAAUUUGCAGUUUGCAUUUGCAAAAACAACAGAGUUAAUGUAUAUUUUAAAGAUAAUCAAAUAAAGACAUUGUAGAAGAAGUUCACUAUUAAUCAGUUUCUAAAGUGAUUUUUUAUAUAGGUCUGCUGUAUGUGGAGACUUUUAAUUAACUUUGAAAGUUAGGCAUAUAUUACAUGUCAACAUGAACUGAAUAAAAACCAAUUAAAUAAAGUAUAGCAUGUUAUACCUGUACUAGAUUAAAACAAAAUGAUGCAACUUUAGUGUGUUAACCCUAUUGAGUUAAAACCAAAUGAUGCAGAUUUAAGGCAUUAAUUCUGCUGAAUUUAAACAAAAUGAUAUAAUUAUAGCAUGUUACUGUGUGAUAGACUAAAACGGUAUGACACGAGUUUAAUAUCUAGUACAUUAAAACUGAAUAUUGCUAGUUUAACACAAAAUGUAUACUGAAUUAAAGUCAUAGAAAUCCAGCAUGUUAUUGUCAUAUAAAUGAAAACCAAGUGAUGCAUAUUUAGUAUGUUGAGAUGUGUGUACUAGAUUUGAAUAAUUUUAUGAACGUUUAGCAUAUUAAUAUCUAUAAAUUUAAAUUCAUAUUAUGCAAAAUUUUGUUACAUCUAGAUUUAUCACAUAAUGCAAUUUCACUAUGUUAAUAUGGUGCAAGUUUAGCAUGGAAGUGUAUACGUUAUUAAGACCAACUGUUUUAUCUGAUAUUAACUACUUGACUAAAACCAUAUUAUGUACAUUCAACUUGUUAAUGCAUAUUGCAUCAAAAGUAUAUGAUGCAAAAUAAGAGCUGUAUGAUGUUUAUCGAGUUCCAUUUUCCAUCUCUUUGACUUUAAUUCGAAUAUUUCGUUUUUAUAAUUCAAACUGUAUAAUGAAUUUUUCAAAAUUAAAUAUAUUGUUUGAGUGUUUUUAUAGAGCAUCAAUGGCUUCCCCUCAGUAUUUGAAAAUUUGAUACUAAUGUGAAAAGGUCAAUAUGAGAGAUUACUCCUCAAAAUAGUGCCUUGCAAAGAGCAUUUUGUGUCUAUUUUUUAUACGAUAAAUAACUUUUCUAUUCAUUAGGAGAAUUACUUGAGAUGGGAUAAACAAGUUUUCAUGAGUGGUAUUAUUAUAAAAAAAUGAGCUAUGUUUGCAACUUGGUAGUCAGUAUUCUUCUAUUGUGAUAAUUAACAUUUAAACUAACCCUUUCCAAGAACUGUAAAUGAUUUGUGACUUAAGAUUUUAUUUAUAAAUUUCCCUUUAACUCUAUUUGUUUUCCUGGUAAACUGAGCUGUUCUGUUUCUGACACCUUUCCAACUCCAGGUUAUGAAGGUACCUGUCAAAGGAUGUAUUCUGAAGGGAGAGCUUACUUGUAACUAGAAUUGCAUUAUUGUUUGAUGUAAAAGUAAAACAUCUUACUGAAGUAUUUUACUAUGUGAUCAAAUCAGUUCCAUUGGUUCACUCGGUGGACAUGACAAAGCCAAGUAGUUCACGCAGCAAAUACGAAUAGUUUAGUUGAUUAGCCAACGUGUCUAAAACGUAAUUAAUCCACUCGGUUCUUUUUUAUGUCACAACUGUAAGUUUGUUUUGAUGGUGUAGUUAAUCAGUGUAGUUCCUCUUAAUAAUAUGACUGAUCCAACUUGUUUCUGUUACUGAUGUCACUGGUCCAAGUAGUUUGUCUUAAUGAGAUGAUCCCAGUAGUCUCUGUUAUUGACUUGACUGAUACAAGUAGUGUUUGUGUUACUGACGUGACUGAUACGAGUAGUGUUUGUGUUAUUGACGUGACUGAUACGAGUAGUGUUUGUGUUAUUGACGUGACUGAUACGAGUAGUGUUUGUGUUACUGACGUGACUGAUACGAGUAGUGUUUGUGUUAUUGACGUGACUGAUACGAGUAGUGUUUGUGUUACUGACGUGACUGAUACGAGUAGUGUUUGUGUUAUUGACAUGACUGAUACGAGUAGUGUUUGUGUUAUCAACGUGACUGGUAGUAGUGUUUGUGUUUUCGACGUGACUGAUACGAGUAGUAGUUGUGUUAUUGACGUGACUGCUCCGAACGGUUCCUCAUGUAUCCAGUACUUAUCCAUUAUUUGUUGAUAUAACUAACCUGUCUCUAUUGUUCGUUUCCAUCUAACUUUAAGCCUUACCCAAACCUGGUCGUGUAUGAAUGAAAUGUAGAACUAUGUCUAAUCCAAAUAGUUUCUCCUAAUGGUCUGAUCCCAGUAGUUCUCGUUGUUGACGUGACUGAUCCCAGUCUUUCUCGUUGUUAACGUGACUGAUCACAGUAGUUCUCGUUGUUAACGUGACUGAUCCCAGUAGUUCUCGUUGUUAACGUGACUGAUCCCAGUCUUUCUCGUUGUUAACGUAACUGAUCCCAGUAGUUCUCGUUGUUGACGUGACUGAUCCCAGUAUUUCUCGUUGUUAACGUGACUGAUCACAGUAUUUCUCGUUGUUAACGUGACUGAUCCCAGUAGUUCUCGUUGUUGACGUGACUGACCCCAGUAGUUCUCGUUGUUGACGUGAC